GUCAGCUGUAGACGCCAGCGGUUGCUAAGCGACGCCAAAACAAAGAGGAGGAGGGUCGGGAGAAGGAGGGAGGAGAAGCGGCUAUUCGGUUACCUGAGGCGAGGAGUCGGUUUUGGCUGGGAUAGCCCACUCGGCAGGAAAGGAACCGGGAAAGCAGAGAAAACAGGAAUUCUUAUGGAAAAUCCACUUGUAUUCAUGGAUAGUAAGGAUGUAUCAUGUACAGGUUUCUUUUCUGAAGAAGCAGAAGAGCCCAGUACAUCCUUCAGCAGAGAAGCAGAUAGCAUUGAAGACAUUAAAUUAACUGAGGAAGACUCUGGAGCCACAGCCAGUGUUGGCAUCAAACCGAAAUCCAUACAUCGUGCCAAAACAUGGUCAGAUGAAGUUGAGAAUUUGUACAGAUUUCAGCAAGCUGGCUAUAGGGAUGAAAUUGAAUAUAAACAAGUGAAACAUGUUGAUAUGGUAGAAAGGUGGCCAGAAACUGGAUUUGUGAAGAAGCUUCAGAGAAGGGACAAUACUUUCUAUUAUUAUAACAAGGAAAGAGAAUGCGAAGACAAAGAAAUCCAUAAAGUUAAAGUUUAUGCUUACUAAUUGUUGUAGCUUACCAUUGUCUGUGUGUUUGUGUGUGUGAGUGAGUGUGUCUGUGUGUGAGAGAGUGAGUUUUAAGAAAAAUUGUUGAACAUUGUUGUUUUUAUGAAUUAAAUGGAAACCAUUAAAACAGUGCUUCAAGACUAACCUGAUCAGAUUUUAAAUAUGGCCCACUCUUUCUCUAGAAAGGAGAAUAUAAGAUCAUUAUAUUGUUAAUGAACAAUCUCCCAUAAAGUGAUCCUUCAGUCUGUCAGGAAUCACUCUAGCCUGGCCCUUCAGAAUAAUAGCCCUACAGCUGACCAAAACGAUUCAGCUUGGGCAGACUGGGGCUUCGACAGAGCCCUCCCUUUAGAUCAGAAGUGGGCAACUAUGGCUCUUUAAUACAGUGUGAGCCUACAACUCCCAGCAGCCCUAGUCAGGAUACCUAAAGGAGAAGAAUUAUAGGAGCUGUAGUUCAAAAACCAUAGAAGGGCCAUAGCUGCCUACCAUAGUUUUAGUCCCUAGAUUUCAAUUUCCUCAUGUCUUAGCCUGUUAACUAGAACACAAACUGCAGGUGCAGAAGUAGCUUUGGUCAGGCUGUAUGGUCAAGUCAUAUGGUGGGGGCUAAUUUGCCUUUCCUUCAUUUACUAGGUUGCUGGUUACAUAAGGCAGUUUCCUCUCUUCUUAUUUCUC